CUGCUUUCCAACGACCUGCCAAUCUACCAGCCUGUUAAUUAUUAUUUUUGCUCCUUCUCUCCGUUUCUCUCCUUGGGAGGCCAAGCUUCUCUCGUUCCUUGGCUGCCCGGGAGGAGUCAGCCUUCUCCUCUUUCCCUGCCUCAGCACCUCCAGGAGCCCAGAGAAUAUGCAGGCUAUCAAAUGCGUGGUGGUGGGAGAUGGAGCUGUGGGCAAAACCUGUCUCCUCAUCAGCUACACCACCAAUGCCUUUCCUGGAGAAUACAUUCCCACGGUGUUUGAUAACUAUUCAGCCAAUGUGAUGGUUGACAGCAAACCAGUGAACCUGGGACUGUGGGAUACAGCUGGGCAGGAGGACUACGACCGUCUUCGGCCUCUCUCCUAUCCCCAAACAGAUGUCUUCUUGAUCUGCUUCUCCCUUGUGAGUCCAGCCUCAUAUGAGAAUGUUCGUGCAAAGUGGUACCCUGAGGUUCGGCAUCAUUGCCCCAGCACUCCCAUCAUCCUUGUGGGCACCAAAUUGGAUCUUCGUGAUGACAAGGACACCAUCGAGAAAUUGAAGGAGAAGAAGCUAACACCCAUCACAUAUCCACAGGGCCUCGCACUUGCCAAGGAAAUUGACUCUGUAAAGUAUCUGGAGUGUUCUGCCCUCACUCAGCGUGGCCUGAAAACUGUCUUUGAUGAGGCCAUCCGGGCUGUCCUUUGCCCCCAGCCCACCCGACAGCAGAAACGCCCUUGCAGCCUACUCUAGGGGUAUGCCCUUGGUGCCUAUUUGUUCCCCAGUGCUGUGUUGCUCUCCUCCCCAGUUCUCUGAUUUUAAGACGAUGACUUUUCAGCCAUUCAGUCAGCCUUCUCCUCUAGGAGUUCCUUAACAGAUGGAUGGAGUUCUUGGUCAUUAAUCUCCUGCCUGCCAAAGACAUUUCCACGACAAGAUCGUGGGAGCACAUGCAAAGCUGUUCCUCACUCUCUGCUUGGGCCCCCUAUCACAGCCAGGUGCUUCUGAGGGAGAUGACCAAUAAAAACAGACCUCUUUUACUUGCA